ACGUUGUUAUGGAAGCGAAACCCAUGGACCAAUUUCAGGGCUGAAAAAGAGGGACAUUUACACUCUUUACACUGGCAGGAUAAGGUGGUUCACAAUGGGCGACAACAGCCAUUCGUGCCGUGGGUUUGAAACUCCGACUUUGGGGAAUGACCUUUGGCCAAUGGGCUUUGAUGUGGACUUGGCUUUAGAUGGACCAGGUGCUCGCAAGGGCCCAGGCGGACCACUCACCUCUGCGGGGCUGGGGGGUGGAGGGCUUAACUCCCUGCAGGCUGGAACCAACACAGGAGCUGGGGCUUACAAUGACAUCCACCAGCUCUCCAAUUUAUCAUCCAUAUGGCAGAGGUUUGAUGAUCUCCAAGCUGGGGAUAUCUGCCAGAUGACAGACCUAACAAAUUCUCUGCCCAAGGGUGACAGUGAAACGGCACAGAGCCUCCUUGCAAAGCUAGCUGGUCAGGACUUGGGACCUGAUUUGUCGUCAGGAGCUGACCCCUCACACAAGGAGCUCGAGUCCUCUUUGUUUGACCAAGCACAGGGCAUGGCGCAUGGAGGGGCAGCUAAUGGCCAAGGAAUUACACUAUCGCACAAAUCCCAAUUGGAAUCAGCAGAAAUUUAUGGGCGGAUGACCUGUUAUGGGGGGAAGCUCAUCUUACAGCUGCGUCACUCCAAUGUAAAUACAAACUACACUCUGAAUGUGAGUGAGUGUUGGCUUUGUGGUGAAAAAGUGACUGCAGGGUCACAGUUAUGUACCCACAAACAUUCAUUCAAUGGUGUUUUUCAAGUGAAUGAGGAAUUCAUCCAAUUAGAUAUAGACCAUUACAUUCCUGAACAAACGCUUGACCCUCAAGAUGGACAGGAGAUGACAGACAGUGUUUUGCAGCAUUCAGACUCCUCAGGGAUGCAUCAUGACCUCGGCAGCACAAGGGAGCUAGAGCUGCCUGAGAACAUCAGUGGAGGAGAUGCUCUGGGCAUGGGUGCUGGGGCCCCAGGGCUUCAUUACGGAGCUGGGCCUGACCCCAGUCUGGUUCCACCUUUGAGCUCUGCCAAUAUCAUGGGAUCUGCCAUUCCCACCAAUCCUAGUCAGUGCUUAAAUACGUCUUUUGGCCAGCUGCAGCUCCCUGGGAUGCCAUUAACAACUAAUCAUUCCACCAUGUCUCCUGGGAUUCCAGGCAUGGCUGAGUCACCAGCUCUAAAUGCGACACAGCCUAUGUGCUCAGCCAGCACCCCUGUCUUUGGCUUGGCCCAUGUAGACACUUCAUCUACCAAUGCCUUAUUGACAUCAACUUCUAACCAAAGGAAGGUAUCUGUUCAAGCCAGCCAGCCCACUCUGGCUACUAGUUACUCCAUGGGAAGUGGUAUCAAUAAUUUCAAUAUGAAUAACCAGAUGGGGAAUGUGACUGUGCCUAGUCAGCCUAGUCAUCGGGAUCUGCCCGGACGUAGCAAGCACUCACUGCAGUACCACUUACCCUUUUCUGCUGGCGGGGAUUACAACUGUCACACACUCACCAGUCUAGAGGCAGAGACAGAGAAAAACUCAGAACUUCCUUGUCUCACAUCUUUACACACUGUACCUGCAAGUCUUGACACCCGUGUACAAAGAACAGAUGUUAUGCCCAAGAAGACAGAAAUUGGAGCCAAGAAGAGAAAAAGUAGAGCCCAGAGGAAGCCAAGUGUCAUCCAGAUGAGGGAAUACAAAAAUGAACCUCUAGAUAACACUUCUGUGAAGAACUUUUACACAGAGGCAGAAAUGGCCUCUGUUAAGCCUUACAAGAUGGAGCCCCUUGACAGCGCUCAAGCAAAAAACUUUGGUGUCGAUGGUAGACAAGGAGGAAGACCAGAUGCGAGUAUAGAAGACUGGAUCAGGCAUAAUCUCCCUGAGGGUGACCUAAUUGUCAGUGACAAUCAAAUGAAACAAGCAACAGACAGUGAAAAUAAAUUGCAAGUAUUAAACCUGAAGGACAAUGCUAAAUCAGCAGAGAUAGACAAUCUGGAAAAGAACCAGAAGCUAGAGAGCAUGGAGUCCUUAGAGUCAGAUCAGACAUCAAGAAUGGCUUCACACAUGCUUGCCAGAGGGUUGGACCUGUCGUGCCGUGUAUGCACCAAGGAUUUUGGCAAAGAUAUUAGAAAUUAUAAAACACACAUGAAGGAGCAUGGACUAGAAGAAUCUGAACUCUUUGCAUGCUCGUUCUGUCCCAAGACCUUUGCCAAAGGGAAGCACUACACGCAGCAUCUCAAGAUACAUGUAAGUACACAGCGCUUCUCCUGCAAGGUCUGCAAUGCCAGUUAUAGCCGGAAAGCCAAGCUGGGACGGCAUAUGUUGAGUCACAGCCAGGAGCAACAGGUCAAGACGCACAAGUGUUCCAAGUGUCCCAAAGCAUUCAGUGCCAAAGAGUAUCUCCAGGCUCAUCUCAAGGUGCAUGGGGGCAAGAAGUAUGAGUGUGAUGCUUGUGGGUUCCUUUGUUCAUCCUCUUUCAACCUGGACACCCAUAAGAAGAAACACUUGGGUGACAAACCCUUCAAGUGCGAAUUGUGUGACAAGACAUUUAUUCGCAGAGAUUUUCUGGACCACCACAUGGAACAGAUUCACAAGAACAAAAAGAGCAAGUGUGAAAAGUGUGGCAAGUUGUUUUCUCGUAAAGAUGUCCUCAAGAGGCAUCUUGCUGUCCAUAAUAAUGAAACCUAUGAUUGUGAUAUAUGCCAAAAAAAGUUCUCCAGAAAAGACAGACUUGCUUCCCAUAAGAAACUACAUAAAAUGAAUUGUGAGUACAAGUGUUCUCUUUGCCCAGCAUCAUUCAGUAGGAAAAAUGUGUUGGAUAAACAUGAGAAAAUCCACAAGACAAAAGAACAAUGUAAAGAGUGUUACAAAUUCCUGCCUACCAAACAGAGGUUAGAGUCUCAUAUGAAGCUGCAUGAGAAGAACCGCUCCAAGGAGGACGGCGAGGGGAUGCACAAAUGCGAUAUCUGUGAGAAGUCCCUCACCAGUAGAGACAUUCUGAGGAAACACAUCCGCAAGAUCCAUGGCAAGUUCCCCGAGCCCAAGAAGAAGGUUGAAGUCAUGGAGAGGGAGAAGAGGUUCUUUUGUCAGUGGUGCUCAAAGGGGUUCACAAGGAGCUGUAACCUAAGCACUCAUCUCCUGAAGGCACAUAGUAAGGAUUCAGAGGAUGACUUUGAUGAUGACCUGCCUUCGGUACUCCAGUCGUCCAGGUAUGAGAGUGAGUCAGCCAGAUCCAGUAGCAGUGACCAUCCCUCAUCAGCCCUUGCCUCCUUCACUGCUUCCUCUGCAUCCUCCUCUUCCUGCCAUGGCUUUCCCACCUCCUCUCAUAGCACAUCAUCCACAACGUCUCCAGUUAGUACCUCUACUGGCCUCUCCUUCCCUGUGAGUCUGGCUUCCUCAUCCCCAACUUCGUCCCAGCCUCCUCCUCCUCUUCCUCCUCCACCCGCUCCCCCUCCACCCCUCUCCCUUUCCUCUUCCCAUUUCGCAUCUUCAGGGCGUCCAGAAUCUCCAAUUAACUUGUCAACAGAGGCCAUCACGGCAGCUGCGUAUCUCCUGGCAUAUCCCUCCUAUCCGGGUCCAUACUAACACAGGUGUACAUACUAGCAUUCAUAUCAGUGAUUGUAGGACGAGUGAUGUCGUCCUUUUCCACAGAAAGUGUUGAAUUGUAACUUGGGUUUGACUUUUGUAAAGUUUUAUGGCAGAUAUUACUGCAACAUAAGAUUCUAGUAUACUGUGUAUAUAUGAAUAUAUAUACAUUUAUAUAUAUAUGCAUAUAUGAAUAUUUUUGAUAAUGGCUUGAUGAAAAUACAAACUAACAGUUGUGCAGCUAAUAGGUCAUAAGUGAAGUUUUCUUUGUAUAAACCUCUUAUUUUAUCAUAAGCUUUGAAUAUUUGUGGCUGUAUUUGAUUUAUGCCAAAGAAGGAAGAAAAAGGGUUGGGGUUUAAAAGAAAAAAAAGAAUUCUGCAAAGUAUUAUUGCCGUUUUGGUAUUUUUACGCAGCUACAGCUUUUAUUUUAUUUUAAUGUUGAUAAUGACACCUGCCACUAUCUCAUGGGCCUCUGAGAGGGAGAAAGCUCUUCUUGGCAUUUGCUCUGCUCUCAAGAGGUCGUACUUAACAUUUUUGCAUUAGGAGUAUGACCAAUUUAAGGAAAGGAUACAGUACAAAGUAUUACAUUAAAACCCUUAAGAUAACUUUGUAAGACAGUAUGCUAUUCAUUCCAUUGCUGUCAGUUUAUUUUAUUUUUUUAAUGAAUGAGAGAUCUGUCAUCAGCAGAUGCAGCCACUGGGCUCAGUGAGACAUGAUGAUGAUGUGUAUAUUUUAUAUGUAUUGUUAAGUUUACUGUUGUAAAUAUUUAUGGGCCAGUUGUAACUGAAACAGCAGAGAUAGGCAUUUUAACCAUUAUAAUGUGAAUCCUGGUGAACAAUUAUGUAUCGUGAUAUAUUGCAGUCUGAAUGGUGUGCUUCCUGCCUGAGCUAUCAGUAUUCCAAGUCCAAUAUUUAUUUCAAAGACAAAUUUAAAAAGAUAGAGAGAUAGAAAAAAAUCUUUGCAUUUUUCAGUUGAAGAAUGAGAAGUAGAUGUUUCUUCUCUAUGUAUGUUUAAUUUAAAGUUGCUCUUAUAGCAGUCUUUUAAAUGUUAUAAGUUAUUGCUUUCUACAAAUCGUGGUAAGUAUUUUAAUGAUUAUUAAUCCAGGACUUUCAAUAAUUAUUAAUGAGAAUAUAAUUUCACAUCUAAAAUAAGGGAUGUUAUAUUUCAUUAAUUUUAAAAUUAAUAUGAAUGUCAGAUAAAUUAGACAUUACUUUUUGCUUUUUUUUUUUUUUUUUUUUCUCAAAUCAUCUUUAAAAACCCUAAUGAUAUUAAUUGGCAAUUAGUGAUUAGAGUUUAAUUAGUCAAUUUCAGUCAAAUUCUAAGAUAACUUUUUGUCUUUGUUUCUGUCACUCUUUUUGCAGUGUUUAUUAUAGCAGAUGUAGAAUUUCUGUAUGUUUACUUCAUGGCUCUUGAUGUCACCCCACCUGGGAGUUGUAAGUAAGUGCUAUCUUGUGAAUAUACAGGAAUGGAUUUUCUGUAUGUUCGCUCUCUCUCUCUCUCUCUCUCUCUCUCUCUCUCUCUCUCUC